GAGAGAGAGAGAGAAAAAGAGAGAGAGAGAGAGAGACUUUCCAGAGGAGCACUACCAUCCGUCCCGGCUCACUGUCACAGAAGACGCGCCGUCACUGCUGCUGGGAGUGUUUACCAAGUCCAGAGAGAGGAGAGGACCACAAAUAAACAAAAACACAAACACAAAGAAAGAAAGAAAGGACAAUUCAACUCCAUGACAGAGGAAGUCGUAGGAAGUGACACAGGAAAACCAGCCAGGCGAGCAGUAGCUUUUGACAGCUCUCUCCUGUCGUUGUCAGUUGAGUCCCUCCAGCUGAAUCUCCAUCCUCGGCGAAUUCUGCUUUUCCCGACAUUCCACUCGUCUCUUGCCUGUCAGUCAAACUGAUGACGAUGAUGUGCUGGCUGUUCAUCCUCACGUACCUGUCUGUGGAGGCGGUUGCCGCAGCAACGACGGGCUCGGAGCGCCGGCAGCACCAGGUGCAGCAUGGGAAGUGUAGUUUCACCUUCGUCCUGCCGGAGGUGGAGGGGUGCGGAGGGGAGGAGGAGGAGAUAGGAGGAAGGCCCACGACGGGGGAACACCAGGUGAGCAACGCCCUGCAGAGAGACUCCCCACCUCCCCCGGGAUCUCCUCACAGCGCCCUCUCUAGAGAGGAGCAGGAACGCAAGCUGGAGACGCUGGAGAGUGUCACCGAUAACAACACGCAGUGGCUGCUCAAGCUGGAGAGCUACAUCCAGGAGAGCGUGCUAGUGGAGCUGCAGGAGCUGCAGAGGAAGACAAUGCACUCUCAGACCGCCACUAUGCUGGAGAUCAGCACCAACCUGCUCAGCCACUCCACCCAGCAGUCACGCAAACUCAUGGACGUGGAGACCCAGGUGCUGAACCAGACGGGUCGUCUGGAGAUCCAGCUGCUGGAGUACUCGCUGUCCACCGCACGCCUGGAGAAGCACAUCCUGCUGCAGGCCAACGAGCUGGCGCGCCUCAACGACAAAAACAGGGCUCUGGAGCAGCGGUUUGCAGCGAUGGAGGCUCGGCACGCCGAGGAGCUCCGGGCCGCCCAGCAGGAGGGGCAGCUGCAGGCACUCAUAGAGAGACACAGCAGAGUGGUGGGCCUGCUGGAGGGAGACCUGGCCUUGACUGGGCACAGCAGUGAGGCAUCAAGUCUCCCUAGAGAUGAGCCAAUGGUCUUCAGAGACUGUGCGGAGCUGUACAAGUCUGGCAUCACAGAGAAUGGGGUCUACAGCAUCCGACUGUCCAACACAACACGCACUAUCAAGGUGCUGUGUGAUAUGGAGACUCUGGGUGGAGGUUGGACGGUGCUGCAGAGGAGGCUCAAUGGCUCAGUGGACUUCCACCGCGGCUGGAGGGACUACAAACAGGGCUUUGGGAGUCCGGCGGGGGAGCACUGGCUGGGAAACAGCGCCAUCCACCAGCUGACCACCUCUAAGGACUACAGCCUGCUGGUCCUGCUCAGAGACGCCGAGGGCAACGAGGCACACUCGCUCUACGAGCACUUCCACAUCAACGACGAGGAUAAAAACUACAGCUUGCAUGCCCGCGGCUUCAGUGGCACAGCGGGCAAGACGAGCAGCCUGACACGCACGGGCACCAUGUUCAGCACCAAGGACCGCGACAACGACUUCUGCAGCUGCAAAUGUGCCCAGAUGGCCUCAGGAGGCUGGUGGUUUGAAGCAUGCGGGCCCUCCAAUCUCAACGGCAUGUACUACUCUGGGGUGGCCAGAGCAGCCUACAAUGGCAUCAAGUGGUACUACUGGAAGGGGCCCAACUUAAAGGCCAUGUUGACCUCUAUGAUGGUGCGACCAGCAGACUUCUGAGAGCUGCCUAUGGGAUGUCAUCAACCUGAGACGGACUCACAGUCAUGAUGUCAUGGACAGCGCAGUAUUGCUAUGAAAAUGACAGGAAAGCACACACUCUUUAUUUUUGAGUUCGGAUGGCUAACUAAAGGAUCCUCUUUUUUUUUGCCAUAACUAUUCAGCCACAUCCUUGGAUUGUUUUAUUCACACAUUUUUUUAUUGUUUUUUUUUUUUUUGACUGAGAGGAGAGGGUCCUGAAAUAUGAACAAGCCCUGUCCAGGCAAACACAUGACACAUGAACAGACCCAGACAGGAUCUCCAGAGGAACCUGUUCUUUAUUGCCUUGUGUUACCAGCGUAAUGUUGUUCUUACCUCAUCCUAGGCUGGGGCCAGCCUGAGGCGUAACACUCACCCCUGCUGUCCAUCACCCACCUGAAUCAGUCCGAAUAUCUCCUGGACUCUACGCUCGUGAAAUGGUUUUAAGAGACAGCAUCCCUGUAAAAUUCCAUGAGGUGUUGAAACAGGUGUCGUUUUUAUAAGCAUUUCUCUAUUUACCUUGAAAAUAUAAGCAUUUAAAUAAAGGAAAAAAAAAGUUAGAAAAACAA